AUGGCUGAUCCUGAAGCCAGAACUGGGAGAUCGAGUUGUCCAAAUGGCGUCACGGCAUCUUUCCAACGUCUAUUCAAAUUGCCAUGGACCACCAUAGCGUUGAUCUCGCACGCCAUCCUGUACAUCACUCUUACACUCGUGAUGCUAUUCGUUGUGGACAAUUACAAAGCCUACGAUGGCGCUGAUACAACCACGGAAACAGCUUCACAAACAGAGUCGAGGCUUCGUUCAGACGACAUCAUCACCGCUGUUUCCGCGGCUACUGUUGCGGUUCAAUGGGUCGCCGGCGUCUGGGUGACGAACGUUGUCACCAAAAGCGGGUACAUCGUAUGGAUGAAGACUCGACAAACCCACAGCAAGGAGAAAAUCAUCGACAAAAUCCGAUGGGCCAUGGAAUAUCGAUUUCCCAUCAAACUAGGUCUCCGAACAGAUUACAAUUUGAUUCGAAUAUCAAUAUUUCUCGUUCUCCCAGCGCUCAUAGCAUCACCCAUCCUUGAGGGUGCGUUGAGCUGGAAAUCUUCUUCUGAAGCAGCUGGCUCUGCCACAGCCAGAUCAGGGAAUCCAGAAGCACAAUUCUACAGUUGGAACUUCAUCACAUCUGCCGAGGGCAAGGUGGGACAUGACCUUAUUUGGAACGCAGCAUCGCUUGCUGGCAUUGCUUGGGAGAACGGAACAUCAGCAAGCACAGACCUGAAAGAGACCAAGAGCCAGAAGUGCCGCCAUGUCACAACGCACGACCAGUUCCCAGCUGGGACAAAGCUACACAACGCUACCAUUCCCUGUAUUGUUGUCCACAGCAUAUCCUGGCCGAAGAAGCCCAUGCCGCAGAGCGUGGAAAAUGUCCUUAACAAUUCCGAGGUCAUCACCGCAGCAGGCCGACCUCCCAUUCUCCGAACUCAACCUGGCACAGUACUAGUAUUUGACCCAACUAACAAGACGCUACCAACGCCGCCCGUCAUGACGACCAAAAAUGGUAACUUCAACAUCACCAGGGAAACGGUCUACGUCGACCAACCACCCUACCCAGCGCCCUUUACCUGGGCCGGUUCCAUGACGGCUAUCGUUUAUCUUACACAGCACGUGGCUUUCCCUCCAUAUGUCAUGGAUGUAUUUGGGGUUGAGGAGCCGAACAAUGAAGUUGCACUCGGAGCAACAGUCGUCUGGGCAAAGGGAGAAGUGAAGCCUCAGCAGACUUUCACUUAUCUCGAGAUCAACUUCACCGCCGGCAUCGUUAACCCUGCUACAAGCACAUACGUGAAGCAGAAUGUCAUUGAAGCCGAUGACAACGACCUGGACGGAAAAGAUAUUGUGGAAGGGCCAUGGGUGAGAGAUGCACUAUAUCUGACUUCCGAUAUCAUGUCCUGUUUGGCCAUUUCGAACUCAACUGGAAUAUCCUCGUGGCAGAGCUUGGAGAAUUACACAGAAACCAUGAUUCGGUUCUCGUACAUGGCAGCCUGGAGUCUGCUGCAGAGGAGCUAUGAGCCGAACAGCACACUACUCACCGUGGAUUUGUACGAGACGAGGAUACAGGCCGUUGUUUCACAGUGGAGGGUUAUCAGUUGGCUCGGGAUUAAUGUGGCAUUUUCACUGUCUUGGAUCACGGUCACAGUAUUAAUGAAAAGGAGCAAAGAGUUGGCGGGGGUUGACACAGUUCCUGAUUUUAUCUUGCGGUUGUAUACCCACUUUGAACAUCUCGCACAGCAAGAAAAUACAUGA